UGAACAGAGGCUGAUUGGGGCUCCGGCAGGGGCUCUCCUACGCACGUCACACUCUUACCUUUUUAAUAUUUCUGUUUUUGUCUCUCUCAAACCUUACACGUACCUGGAUCUUUUAGUUGGGAGUUAAUAAAGGCUGACAGAUUAGUGCUAGCUUCUUCUAAGCACAGAACAAUGUCCACGUAGGAUUCGGCUGGUUAAAGCACUGCUGAUCUUUGUGCCCAGAUUUUAGACACUGAGUGUGGGUUAUGUUUCUUUACCCUCCCUAAACGUUACAAUGUGUGUUUGCCAUUGAUCCUGCCGGUAUCUUUCAGCAUUCUUCAAGAGCUAUUAUGUAGGUCAGGCCUGUCUUAAACAGAUUUCCUGAACCUGUGGCAGAUUAAGCUGAAGGAAUUUUAAUAAACCCUCCCCAGUAGGCGUAGGCCUAAGCGAGACUAACCUAGUUAAGCCUGAUUUUUUUUUCCUUCCUCUCUGUGUGUGUGUCUGUGGGGGAAAGAGCUGUGCAGAGCUCAAGGCUGAAUUGUGGUUUCAGGAACUGUUUGCUAGUAAGAGGAGGCCUGAAAAUGGUGGGGAAGGCUCGCUCGUCUAAUUUCACAGUAUUUGAAAAGCUUGAUCUGCUGAAGCUGGUGAAGCCCUACAUAGGCGUGUUAGAGGAGCACACCAACAAACACUCUGUGAUCAUUGAGAAGAACAACUGCUGGGAGAUCAUCGCGGAAAAGUACAACACCAUGGGGUCAGGACGGCCUCCGCGGACCGCGCAGGGGCUGCGCACUCUCUACAAGCGCCUGAAGGAGUACGGCAAGCAGGAGCUGCUCCAGUGCAAGACCGACCAGGCGGACUAUCAGAGCAAAGUGUCGGAGGCCACCAAGAAACUGGUAGAGAUCAUUCCUCAGUUUGGCAACGUGUGCUUUGGAAGAGACCUCAAUGGUUUGUCAAGUGAAUCGAUCAAUUCAAACACAGAACUAGUGAUUUGUUCCCCAUCAGAACCAUUAGCAGAUCAGCAUGCCUCCGUCACCGUGCAGCUGGAGCUAGAAGAAGACGUAAAACCCCCUCCAUCUCUGCUCAUACCUCCCCAGCCCGUGGCUGCUCUGGAGGAAGCCGAAGAUCAGGAGUUUGAACACGUCCUAGAGAGAUCAUCAUCUCCUUCUCUCUCCUCUGUGGAUAUGAGAUUAUCCCUGUCCCCAGUCCCAAGGAUAGAGGAAUGUUUCAGCCACACCGGCCAGAGCAUGAGGUCAGCCUGCGCCUGCAACCCAGAGACCUUGCUGUUGGUGAAGAAAGAGCAUCAGAUCAUUUUAAGCAAUCAAAAGCAAUAUGGACUUUACAUUAAGGAGAAAAGGGAGGGUUUGAAAAGGAGACAGCAUCUGGAAGAAGAGCUGUUAAAAGCCAAAAUAAAAGUAGAGAAAUUAAAGGCAAUGAAAUUACGACGGGACUUGCCUGAAUACAGCAAUUUGUAAAAUUGACUUUUUUUUUAAUUUUUUAAAAGCAUUUAACGCGUUGUUAGUAUAAGCAGCCCGUGGCUUUCCUGCUGGUAAUACAGUACGUAGCAAGUCCCAGCAAGAGCCGGCAUUGAAAGGGCAAGCUGGGUAACACUUUUUAACACCAGUUCUACAAGGUUAGUUUGCCGACUACAGAAGAGAGCACAAAGGGGUUGGAUUUACUAUAACGUUUAAAAAGUAUGUGUUGCCCAUAGCAACCAAUCAGAUUGUAGAUAUAAUUUUCUAGAGUGUAAUAAAUAACUAGAAUUUUGUAUCUAUGGAAAACAUGUCUACUUUUUAGUAAAUAUACUGUACCCAAUGUUUUCACUCGAGUUCUGGAUUCUUGCAAGGGCUGUGAUUAUAAGCACAGUCUCUCAUUUGCGAGGAGUCCUUAGAUUAUUUGGAACCUGUAUAUAGAUCAUAUACUUGGGCUACUGUAUGAAAGCAUUAUGGCUUGAAGACCGUGAACCUAAGGAUAUAAUUUGUUUUGAUUAAAGUUCUGAUCGCAGCAGUCUUGCAGCUGGGGUUCACGAUACAAUUUAACAGUUAACUUGUUGAUUUCCCACAUUCAUGGGCUUGUAGAGAACAACCUAAUUCUCUUCAAUAUUAUUUCUAUUAUAUAGAGAUUUAUUUUCUUUUUAAUACUGCAGUGGACGGAUGUUUACAUAUUUAAAAUUUGACUUUUAUGAAUGGUUCUUGGCUUUGUGUGGACUAUUUAAGAUGAAUAAAAGUAAUCUAUGCAACAAA